AUGCCCGGCUUCCGACCCAUCACACCCUCCACAUCCUACACCCACACGUCCAGAGAGAACCACCACCAUCACCCACGACCUCAUCAGCUGUCCCCGUCCAAACGCACGCGUUCGACUUUGGACGAUUCGACCAAUCAAAAACGCCAUUCUUCGGCCACUUCCUCGUCCUCGUCGAGGUUGCAACCCUUGUCUUCACCCAACAAGAAGGCGAGGAGGCUGUCGAGGACCGGGAUCAGUCCUAGGCUUCAACGGUCGCAGGAGAACGACGAGAGCACGAGUACGAGUACGAUCAGUGCGAACGGCGAGCGCGGUCACGCCCGCAAGAACGUCUUUACAAAGUUGUGGAAUCGGAUCUGGUUCCCCAAACCACCGUUCGGUAAGCUGGUGCGCUUUCGUAUGCGCCUCGCGUCGGAAUGCUGGUGCUGAUCGUUCGGUCUUGCUGAAUCAAAAACACAGCUCGAGAAGCCGAACCCCCGGCCGAUGCGACACCUCCCUCUGUCACGGAUGAUGCCUUGUGGCUAGAUUGCGACAUGCAUGACGACACACCUUCCAAAAGGAUACCUCCACCCACCUCUAACCCGAAACGGCAAUCGCUGUAUACGACACCCGCCUUCCCACCCGCGAUCACCACGAAAACGACGACGACGACGACGAAUUCACAACCCCGCUCGUCGUCCAAGACGAUCAAGCAGUUCUCUUCCAAGAUGGCCUUCCCACCCCCUUCCAAAACAGCCGUUGCACUAGCAUCCCCAUCCUCGUCCUCCUCCGCUCUGGGCCCAGGCAGUGGCCGUACCCUCGACCCAGCUUUCAUCGCGUACGAAGAAGCGCGCAAGGCCUACCGCUUCGACUGUACGAUCGCACGCGCCAAGGGUGUGCCCGAACCGGAGAAACCGACCUCGUUGAGAAGACCACCACCACCCCAGUACUUGCCGCAGAGUUCGACCUCGACUUUGUUCGUUGGCGCGAUCAAUGCACGGGUUGGGGAAGGUGGGCAGGUCGUGUCGAGUUGGAGGAAGAAGAAACCGAUGGGCGCGAACAAGGUCCGUGGUUUCGAGUGUGGACAUUACAGCGCGUUGUUUUUUUUUUUUUUUUUUUUUUUUGGAUCAACCUGCUGAUGUGAGCCUUCUCGAUCCAUCGGAGACAGCACUUGGAAUUGAACCAUCGACAGCGGGCCGAGACGGUGCAUGAGUUGGCGACGAUCGCGCUUAGUCAGGAGGAGGAGGAUUUGGCUAGGGCCAAUGAUCGUGAGUUCUUUUCGGCGCUUGAUCAUAUGGGAUGUUUAUCUUUUGAGAGAUGCACCGUUACUGAGCAACUGUACUCGCUGGUACUUGCUGCAGUCGAUGCGUAUCGCCGGCGCGUGAUGCAGGCGAACGAAGACAUGGAAACCGCGCAGACGAGUGAGUUGCAAGAGAACGCCACGCACCUGUCUUCACCCGCUACCAGCAACUGAACAAACAAGCGUGAAUUUUUACUUUUUCGCGAUCACAGUCACGUCAAGAGCGAGGAAACCUUCGCAGGUCGCGCGCAAGGCGUCAUUCAAGUACUCGCGCGAUGUCGAUUCCGUUCUGAGCAAGGCCAAGGCGACGAUGGAGACGUGAGUAUCGCGCUGGAUGAACACGGGACGCACGGCUACCUGGUCGUGAAGGAUCGUCUGAGACUGCGACUGACUGUGUUGGUGCUGAUUACAUACUCGCAGCCCUCGACCGGAGAGUAGGACGUUCAAGUACGACGAGUACCUCGAGACCCAGCGUCAGCUCGAGUUGCUUUCGGUCAAACCUCCCAAACGGCGAAUGGUGAGUUUUUUUACGUGAUAGACGUAAGGGCCGAUCCGCGAAACAGGAUCUGAUUGAUUUUGCAUCCCUCACAACAGUUCCCUCGCACGCUCGCACCCUCGGACCUCGCGACCGUCAAAGCGAUCUACGCCAACCGUUCGUUCGUCUCGAGCAUCACCGGCGGCGAAGUCAGACACAAGGACGUCUCCUUCCUCCAAGGUUUAGGUUGGCUCAACGACGAAACCAUCACUUUUUACGGCGCGUUGAUCAACCUCAGGUCCGCUUCGUAUCAUCCCCUUGAUCCGAAGAAGAACCCGCCCUUGAAGCAACCCGAGGAAAAGGAGAGGAGGGUGUUGGAUGUACAUGCGUUCAAUCAUAAUUUCUUUGAGAGGUUGAGGGACGUCGGCUAUUCGGCCGUCAAGAGGUGGUCCAGAAGGGUGAGUUGCACGCUAUCCAGAAGAAAAAAAGUGCGUUCGAGGUUUCGCUGACGGGCUUGCUUCUACCUUCCACGGUACGACGCCUUAGUUCGACCCGUUCAAAAAGGACCGCAUCAUCGUUCCCAUCAACCAAGGCGGCAAUCAUUGGGUAUGCGCCGCCGUCAACCUGCGUGACAAGCGCUUCGAGUACUUUGAUUCGUUGGGCCACGGGUCCAAGAAGGUGUACAAGUUGUUGAGGAUGUGGAUGGAGGAGGAGUACAAGGCACGACAUGGCGGCGAGGAGAUCGAUCUGAGUGGCUGGGAACAGGGUUGGACAGGGGGCGAAGUGCCGCUGCAGGGGAAUGGGUCCGAUUGUGGAGUGUUUACGGUCAGUCGACUUGCUUCGAGGGUCGUCGAGGCCAACCCCCGUCACGGUUUCACGGUUAGAAGCUGAAUCGUUGCUGUGAAUGAUCGAGCAGUGCAUGUACAUGGAGACCCUCUCGCGCGAUGCCGAUUUCUUUGACUUUGAACAGUCGCACAUGCCUUACCUGAGGACCAAGUUGGUGCUCGAAAUGAGCAGGAGGGAAUUAAUCGAGGAACCUUGGGGGGAAGCUUGA